AUGGAAACUGUCGAUCCUGUAAUGUGUGCGUACAAACUCGUUACGGUACACUUCAAAUGGUUUGGAUUGCAAAAAAUGGUGGAGAGCUACACUCAUACGCAAUAUCCUCGCCUGUUUUCAAAAUUCCAUCGCGAGGUGUUUUGUUGGAUAGAUAAUUGGUAUGGCUUAACAAUGGAGGAUAUCCGGGCAAUAGAAGCUAAAGCUCAAAAGGAACUGGAGGAGCAACGGAAAAGUGGACAAGUUGGUUUUUACUCAAAAGUAAUACAGACAUUGUGA